UCAGACAAAAUGGCCAAGAUCUCGUAAGUAGCUCUCGAAUACCCUCAGCAGCUUCGCUCUAGGUCCUCGUCUCGCUUCUCGCUAUCUCGAAUUUUGUCUGCCUCCUCCGUCAUGGGUUGCUCCGAUGCGCAAAAAGAGUUGGAAAUUAUUUCGAGUGCUUGGUUUUGGCGGGGAACAUGGCGACCAAUUUUGUGCCUGCGCACACAACGAAAAUAAGCGACAAUAUCAUGAGAAAUACGGCAUCACUGGUUUGACUGGUGACGACGACAUUCAUUGCUUUGUGCUUGAAUUUUUCAACUCGAUCUCGACGACAAUGGCUUGACAUACAAAUACUGUCGAAGCCAUGAAUCCACCGACUGGCAGACUUUGGCAGAAAAUUCGACAUAGCGAGAACGAGAACGAGAGACACAGAGACGAAAUGUUCAAGACAACAAAAACAAAAUACUGACUCACCUUCACAGCCGUGGUGCCCCUGGUGGCAAGCUCAAGAUGACCCUGGGUCUCCCUGUCGGUGCCGUCAUGAACUGCGCCGACAACUCGGGUGCCCGAAACCUCUACAUCAUCGCCGUCAAGGGUAUCGGUGCCCGCCUGAACCGAUUGCCCGCCGGUGGUGUCGGUGACAUGGUCAUGGCCACCGUCAAGAAGGGAAAGCCUGAGCUCCGAAAGAAGGUCCACCCCGCCGUCAUCGUCCGACAGUCCAAGCCCUGGAAGCGAUUCGACGGUGUCUUCCUGUACUUUGAGGACAACGCUGGUGUCAUCGUCAACCCCAAGGGUGAGAUGAAGGGCUCUGCCAUCACUGGCCCCGUCGGUAAGGAGGCUGCUGAGCUGUGGCCCCGUAUUGCCAGCAACUCCGGUGUCGUCAUGUAAAGUGCUUGCUUGCGAAAGAGAAUCAAGGAAAGACAAAAGGGCGUGCGGUGCGUGGUGGUUGGGUUUCUGUCCCGAAUGCGAUCAGAUAGAGCGCGGUAAAGAAACAUCUGUUCCCCCCCUCCCCCAAAGAACUUCUUUUAUUUAUUUCCCUCCUGUCCAACAAGAAUUGGUAGGGGGGGAAACUGGGGUGAGGGUUGUUUUUUAUCAAAAUCGGGGCAAUGUUCUUUUUAUCUACUACUUUUAAAGUCGCUGGAUUUGGCACAAGGCUCUUGCAUUUCGGUUUGCGGCGUGUAAGGAUGAUUCACAUACCAGGCAUUCACAUCAAGGACAAAACAAAAGUCACUUCAAACCAUCUUCCCCUGGGCGUUGUGUUCUUUUUGGGUUAAACUAUGUGCAAUUCUUCUCGCCGUGAACCUGUGAAGUCAUGAUUAGU